UGGUAGUUGUCAUUACAGAAAAACAAGUCCAAUAAUAUAAGCGUCCAGUCACUCUCAAAGUCUCAAUCUCCUAAAAUACUUCAACAAAACAAAAAUGGCAGUUCCUAGUAAACGACGAUCACCACCUCCACCACCGCCGCCGCCCCAGCUACCAUUUGGACCGAAGCUUCCUUUCCCUCAUAUUAUCAUAAGAAGAAAAGCAAGAAGAAAUUAUCAACUACGACCGAUGUUGACCUGGUACUUCCUCACCUUCAUGAUGCGCCAAAAACUCCAAACCCGAAACCAACAACCUGAAGAGACACGGGAAGAAUGGGUGAUUUGGAUCAAAGACAAGAUGGAGCAAGUAAUGAGAGACGCCGCCACAACUAGCUGGGACAAGCUCUGUAUCUACAGAGUUCCACUCUCCUUUCAAAAAAGCGACAAGAAUUCCUACUUCCCUCACACUGUCUCUCUUGGUCCGUACCACCAUGGGGACGAACAUCUCCGACCCAUGGACUAUCACAAAUGGCGUGCGGUCAAUAUGGUCAUGAAACGUACCAAGCAAGGCAUCGAAAUGUAUAUUGACGCCAUGAAAGAGCUCGAAGAGAGGGCUCGUGCUUGCUACGAAGGUCCUAUUGGUUUGAGCAGUAACAAGUUCACCCAAAUGCUAGUUCUUGAUGGCUGUUUUGUUCUCGAUCUCUUCAGAGGAGCCUAUGAAGGAUUCUCGAAACUUGGCUAUGAUCGAAACGACCCUGUUUUCGCGAUGCGAGGAUCUAUGCAUUCGAUUCGACGUGACAUGCUAAUGCUGGAAAAUCAACUUCCUUUGAUGCCAACUUAUAUGCCAUCAACCAAAAUCGAGAAUUCGCAAGAAAACAACAAUAAAUUCUUUCACCCAAUUGCUGACAAGGACAAGGAAGAGUUGCACUGUCUGGAUGUUUUCCGUCGAAGUGUGCUCCAGCCUAGUCUGAAACCGGAGCCAAGGUUAUCGCGUAGAUGGUCCUGGAAACCCGUCGUGGCGGACAAGCGCCAACAAAAAUUGCUACAUUGCGUGACAGAACUAAGAGAAGCCGGUAUAAAAUUCAAAAGAAGAAAAUCCGACCGGUUAUGGGAUAUUCAAUUCAAAAACGGUUGUCUAGAGAUACCGAAACUACUUAUCCAUGACGGUAAGUUCACAUUUUCGUUUUUAUUAGUUUUAAAUCAUAUUUUGCUUAUAUUGUUGUCGCCUAAGAAUCAAACGUGAUACCUAUCUGCAUGUUAAUGAUUUUGUACAAAACCAAAUAGAGCGACAUGUAUUGGUUUUGUUCAGAUUUUUCCCACAAGUCGCUAAAGUAAAUAGACUGACAUCAAUUGUUGCCUAUUUCACCAAUUCGGAAUGAUUAGCCAUUUAGGCGUAUACAUUAUUUUUCCUAGAGAACCCCAUGAUGGUAAGUUAGAACUUUUAUUUUAUUUUCUUUCCUACUCUUUUAUUCCUUCCUUUCCCACAUAUGUUCUCUUUAAAACCAAAAAUUUAUCUACAGAACCAUCACAUUAUUAAAAUUAAACAUACGAACCUCUUUCAUAUUUAUUGUAGGUACCAAGUCUCUCUUGUCAAAUCUUAUAGCUUUUGAGCAAUGCCAUAUCGACUCAACCAAACAGAUAACAUCCUACAUAAUUUUCGUGGAGAAUCUAAUAAAUUCUAACGAAGAUGUUAGAUACUUGCAAUAUUGUGGUAUCAUCGAGCAUUGGCUUGAGAGUGACUCUGAAGUUGUGGAUUUGUUCCACAAAUUAUGUCAAGACGUGGUUUUCGAUCCCAUUGAUAGUUAUCUAUAUCCACUUUGUCUUGGUGUAGACCGUUUUUACAGUCGUAAGUGGAGUCUGUUUAGUGCAGUCAUAUUACACAAGUACCAGCUCAACCUUAGAAGUCCUUGGGCAUAUUUUUCCUUUUUUGGUGCAGUUAUUUUGCUACUUCUCACAUUUUGUGAGAGUUUCUUUACUGUUUAUGCUUAUUUUGAGCCAAACACUUAACUUUUGUCCUUUUUCAUUCAAUUUGGAAUGUUUGCAUUUUCUUGUUUUUC